CGGUGGGUGGGUGACAUCCAGGUGACAGAGAGGGGGGGAGGUGGCCCCCAAAUCUCACCCCAUCCUCCUUUUGUACCCCCCAGAUUGAUGAGAUGCCAGAAGCCGCCGUUAAAUCCGCCUCCAAUAAAUACCAGGUUUUCUUCUUCGGGACCCACGAAACGGCAUUCCUGGGGCCCAAAGACCUUUUCCCCUACGAAGAAUGCAAGGAGAAAUUCGGGAAACCCAACAAGCGGAAAGGGUUCAGCGAAGGUUUGUGGGAGAUCGAGAACAACCCCACCGUCAAAGCCUCCGGAUACCAGCCCACCCAGAAGAAGAGCUGCCCCGAGGACGCCGAGCCAGAGCGGGAGGUGGAAGGCGACGGGGAGAAGAAGGGUAACGCGGAGGGAAGCAGCGACGAGGAGGGAAAACUGGUGAUCGACGAACAGUCCAAGGAGAAAAACGAGAAAGCCGGGAUCAAGAGGAAAGCAGAAGAUGCUUUGGAGGACUCCCCCAAACGCCCCAAAGAGGCAGAGGGGCAAGAAGGGGAGAAGAAGGUAGAUAACGAAGAGACCCCCAAGGAGGAACCCAAACCCAACCCGGGCGACGGGGAGAAGGAGAAGAACAGCGCCGCCGACGCCGCCAUCCCGGCCGCCAACGAAGCCAAGCAGGAGAGCAAGGAGAAAGCGGGCGCGGAGGAGGUCAGAGACCACAAGGAGAGCCCGUAGCGGCCUCCCCGGCGAGCUGAUCCUCCCGCCUGUCCCCCUCUCCCGUCCUCCUUCCUUACCUGCUGGGCUCCCCUUGGGUGCUGCCCCGGCUCCUCGGCUCCUCGGCGGCGCCGAAGCUCCGGAGAAGAGAAAAAUGAAAAAAAAUUCAAAAAAAGAAAAAACA